GGACGGCUGUUACUCGAUGAUGAUGGAACUGAAUUUCUAGUUAUUGGAACUUGUCACCAGUUAAAUAAAUUAAAUCCUUCAGUACUUCAUGUAGGUGAUCAUACGAUUGACAAUUCGGUUAACGUAAGAAAUUUGGGAACGAUAUUUGGCAUUUCAGUUAGUAUGGAUACUCACAUAAAUCAAGUUUGUAAGGCCGCUUUUUACCAUAUUCACAAUAUUCGUAGAAUUUCUAAAUACCUUUCACAGUAAACUAGACACGUGUUCCGAGUCUUCCGAUAAUCGCGCUACUUUGAGUGGCGUAGCGAAGGUCACAUGGCAACUACGGAAAUUUCGUUGAAAUGUAGGAUUCCAGGAAAAAAGUUUCAAGUUAGAGAUGGAAAGCUCGAUAUUUGGGGAAACAAGAAACCGCGACGGAUGUAACCUCUGUUUUAUCGAGUAUUUAUUUGUAUGACAUGCAGAGCUUGUUCUUUAUUCCCUUGUUUCCAUCGAUAAAGCCGGUAAGUUUGCCCCAUCGUUCAACAACCUUUCGCGUAUUUGUCUUCCAAACAUGCUAGGAUUCAUCAAUUUGAACAAUUCUAUGGAUUUUAUAACGUCUAAAAGUUUAGAAGGAUUUCCUCGUCCUCCUUCAUUAAAGGGAGAAUAUGUGCCGUACGCGUACGUUUGAUAAUGACGAAUAAUGCACACUCCGCCAUGAGUAACACGAACUGCUCGUGAGGUUGCCUCGGUCCCUCUCCGGUCAAAUACAAAUCAACUAUCCUGCCCUGAACUCUCGACCUAAAGCGUCAUAAUCAAUAGGUCUGAACAUUUUGAAAGUCCGUUAAAUCCUCAAAUCUUUCUUCGGAUUUUGUAAUUUCGUUUCGAAGUUCCCAGAUCUUACCAAAAUGCCCCAAAUAUGCUAAACAAAACUUGAAACGUUGUCCGAAUUUUCGGAAUUUACUGGUCACGCGUGACGGAGCAUCGCUGUAAAACAUUAGUUCAUGCUUUCGUUACGUCCAGACUCGAUUAUUGUAAUAGCCUUCUUUAUGGCCUUCCCAAAUAUCUUAUAAGUAAACNCCUGAACUCUCGACCUAAAGCGUCAUAAUCAAUAGGUCUGAACAUUUUGAAAGUCCGUUAAAUCCUCAAAUCUUUCUUCGGAUUUUGUAAUUUCGUUUCGAAGUUCCCAGAUCUUACCAAAAUGCCCCAAAUAUGCUAAACAAAACUUGAAACGUUGUCCGAAUUUUCGGAAUUUACUGGUCACGCGUGACGGAGCAUCGCUGUAAAACAUUAGUUCAUGCUUUCGUUACGUCCAGACUCGAUUAUUGUAAUAGCCUUCUUUAUGGCCUUCCCAAAUAUCUUAUAAGUAAACUACAACGAGCACAGAACGCUGUAGCCAGAUUAAUAACGAACACCAGAAAGUAUGAUCAUAUCAUACCAGCUUUACAUAACCUUCACUGGCUACCUGUGUUUUACCGCAUCUAUUUUAAAAUUUUAAUUAUUACAUUUAAGGCUAUAUAUAAUAUUUCACCUAGCUAUAUUAGUAACUUAGUGUCUGUUAAGUCGUGUUCUGUUUAUUCCCUUAGAUAGAAUUCUUCAUUAUUUUUCUACCGUUCCAAGGGGCGCAUGCUAUCUGCAUUAGGAGCUCGUUCAUUUUAUGCUGCUGCCCCCAUACUGUGGAACCUUUUG